AGCCCCACAUUCCCGCUCGCUCUCUCGCCAGCAACACACGCCAACAUGUCUCACUACGCUAACAACGAGUACAUCAUCUCGACCAACAACUCGAUCAACGAGAAUAAACACAACACCGACAAGAUGAAAAACAGCGGCUUCAAGGCUCUCCUGAAGCCGCUCAUGAAAAUCAUCAAGAAGACGACGAAGCGCGCGCCGAAACGCGAAUCCUGCUACGAGGCGGACCAGAACGACGCCAACGAGGCUCUCGAGAGGAAGAUCUACAAUGAAAUGGACGCGUGCCAAUCGGCCGCCUUCCUCGUCAGCAACGCUGACAACUCCUUCGACCUGGUGCCGAUCUCCCGGGAAGACUUCUACAUCCCGGUGCACUUUGCUCGCACGGACGCCGGCACCUUCUUCUGGACGACGGUCUCGAAGUGCGACGCCGACUUCGCCACCUCCGAAGUUUACACCGAGUGCCAGACCGCGGAGCAGCAGUACCCAGUCUACCAGGACCGCUGGGUCCAGGCCUGAGUCCUCCGACAACGACCACGAUCAGUGUCUUCCGUGAAACCAGUGCUCGGUUUCGGCAACCGUCUGUGAUGUUAACAUAGUGCCAUAUAGCUUAGGUUAGGCUUCUGAACUCCCGAAGAGCUUUAAUAAUUUAUAUUGUGAUAUAGGAUUAGGGAUUUAUUAUUGUGAUCGAAUGCUUUAAUAGAUGUAGGCUAUUUAUGAACAAAGUU